AUAAGGUUAGGCAAGCAUUUUCAAUUGUAACUAUGGAAGCCAUUAGUUGACAUCAUUAACGUUACUAUGUAACGAAACCGAGACCUGGUAUUAUUACGUAUAAGCUUUACAAUAUAUUUAUUCAGCUUUUCGUUUAUUAAAUUAUUUCCAUAAAUUUCAAUGAAAGGAAGAGAGAGAAAAAGAUAAAAAUUUCAAUGAAAGGAAGAAAGAGAAAAAGAUAAAAAUUUCAAUGAAAGAAAAUAUAUGUACUAUAAACUUAUAAAAUUAUGUCAUAUAUUUUAACAAAUAUAGUAUAUUUGUUAAAAAAUAAAAACAAUCUUAUUUAUCUCUAAAAUGUGGAAUUAUUUUAAUAUUAUAAUUGGUAUUAACUCAGAAAUAUUUUGAAUAUGGAUAGAUAUAUAGUCACAGGGAAAAUUGGAAAAGGAGCACAAGGUAUUGUUUUAAAAGCACAUGAUGUGGAAACAGAAAAGAAUGUUGCAUUAAAAAAGUUAUUCUUAAAGAAUAUUGAUAACGGUAUAUCCAUAUCUAUUAUUCGAGAAAUAAAAAUUUUACAACAAUUAAAACAUCCCAAUGUCAUAGAGUUAUUAGAUGCUUUCCCUACUGGUUUAGAUUUUAUAAUGGUAUUUGAAUAUAUGCCUACAGGACUAUGGGAAAUAAUAAGAGAUAAUGAUAUAUUAUUAACUCGAGUUCAAGUAAAAAUUUAUACAAAAAUGAUUUUAGAGGGCAUUGCAUAUAUACAUGGAAAAAAUAUAAUACAUAGAGAUUUAAAACCUGCUAAUUUAUUAAUAAAUGAAAAAGGUAUUUUGAAAAUUGCUGAUUUUGGUUUAGGAAGAUUAUUGUGGAAGAAUGUAACAAAACCAUAUUCUCACCAAAUUGCCACUAGAUGGUAUAGAGCACCUGAAUUAUUAUAUGGUGCACGAUAUUAUACAUCAGCAAUUGAUAUGUGGUCUAUUGGAUGUAUUUUUGGUGAAUUAUAUAACAGAUCACCAUUAUUUCCUGGAGAGACAGAUAUUGAGCAGUUAGCAAUAGUUUUAAAAUAUUUAGGUUCUCCUACGUCAGAAACAUGGCCAGAUUUAAGUAUAUUACCUGAUUAUAACAAAAUUACAUUUCCAUAUCAUAAAGGAAUAUCAUGGGAUGAAAUACUUGAAGAUACUGAACAAGAAGCUCUUGAUCUAAUUAGUAAAAUUCUUAUUUACAAUUCAUCACAACGUCUGACAGCUGAUGAAGCAUUACAACAUCCAUAUUUUCAUAUUAAACCAUAUAUUUCUUCAAAACAUUUGAUAAAACCACAAACUAGUCAUCGCUAUCAAAUAAAGCAGAAAGAAAUUAAUACAAACAUCCAAGCUACUACCCUUUUUAAAAAUCUGUUAACUAUUAUAUAAUAAAUAUUAUCAUAUUAACAAAG